CCAAAAUGUUCUCAUGCGCCACCGCUUUGCUUCUCCUCCUAGCCAUGGCCACUACCGCCUACUGUAGCUCCAAAGAAAUGAAGGCUUUAAAGAUGGUCCAAAUCCAGGUCUCACAAGCUAGGAGUUGGGUUGAUGGCUACGUGAGAUUGCAUGGCCUUUUGGAUAAAAAAUAUGUGGCCCUAGAAGACUGUGUCAAGCUCUAUGGGGAGAGUGAGUCUAGGCUUUCUCACAUGUUGACUGACAUGAACGUUUAUACCACACAUGAUGCACUUACAUGGAUUAGUUCUGUGAUGACAAGCCACAAAACUUGUUUAGAUGAGUUGAAGGCAAAAGGGUUUCCAGAACCACCUCAGGAAUUGGAUAAAAACAUGACCAUGAUGCUUAGGGAAGCACUUGUUUCGUAUGCAAAGAACAGAGGCAAAACCAAAGAACCACUUCAGGAAACAUUGUUAGAAUCUAAUGGUGGUCUUUUAGCAUCAUGGAGUAGUGGAACUUCUAAUGCAGACUUCACAGUGGCACAAGAUGGUUCAGGCACCCACAAAACAAUCAUUGAAGCAAUAGAUGCACUAGCUGCAAUGGAUAGUAGUCGUCCUUCAAGACCAGUUAUAUACGUAAAAUCAGGGGUCUACAAUGAGAAAGUGGAUAUUGGAAUCAAUUUGAAGAAUGUGAUGUUUGUAGGAGAUGGCAUAGAUCAAACUAUUGUCACUGGCAACAAAAAUGUCAUUCAGGGUUAUUCAACUAUUAGCUCAGCCACAUUUGAUGUAUCAGGGGAUGGGUUUUGGGCGAGAGAUAUGACAUUUGAGAACACAGCAGGGCCAAGUGGGCACCAAGCAGUGGCAUUAAGAGUCAGUUCAGAUCUAUCAGUCUUCUAUAAAUGUAGCUUCAAAGGUUACCAAGACACUCUUCUUGUGCAUUCAAAUAGACAAUUUUAUCGUGAUUGCCACAUAUAUGGCACCAUUGAUUUUAUAUUUGGUGAUGCUUCAGUGGUGUUCCAAAAUUGUGACAUCUUUUUAAGAAGACCAAUGGACCACCAAACCAACUUCAUCACAGCACAAGGAAGAGAUGAUCCUAACAAACCCACUGGGAUUUCAAUCCAAAGUUGUCAGGUUAAGCCUGCUUAUGAUUUUGACUCUUAUAAGGACUCAAUCAGGAGCUACUUAGGCAGGCCUUGGAAACAAUACUCAAGGACUCUAUUUCUAAAGACAGAUUUAGAUGGAUUGAUUGACCCAAAAGGAUGGGGUGAAUGGAAUGGAGACUUUGCACUUUCAACUUUGUACUAUGGAGAGUACAUGAACACCGGGAGUGGUGCCUCUACCCAAAACAGGGUGACAUGGCCUGGUUUCCGUGUGCUGAAUAAUGAUGAUGAGGCCACACCCUUCAGUGUGAGUCAAUUCUUGCAAGGAGAACAAUGGAUUCCAGCUACAGGUGUGCCAUUCUGGUCUGGAAUUUAAGAAGGGAAGUUUCUUCCAACAUAUGAAAGUAUCAGAAUAAUGGGUUUUAAACAUUAUAAAUGGCCUGAGAUGGUGCUACUA